AUGCUGCCCAGCUCCAUCCAGAUUUCGGGGGAGCCGCUGUCCGGCGCCGAGGUGCGGGACAUCUGCCGCGGCCUUCGCGACAACGCCGUGCGCCUGCUCUCACUGCGCGGCUGCCGCCUCUGCGACCGCGACUUUGGCCGCAUCUGCCGGGCCCUGGCCGGGGCCACGUCCCUGGCGCAGCUCAACCUUAACCUGGGCGUCGUGUCCAGCCCCAGCCGCAUCAAGCAGCUGGCUGAGGCUCUGCGGACCAACCGCUCCAUCCAGUCCCUCUUCCUGCAUGGGAGCCCCCUGACAGAUGCGGGGCUGGCCUUGCUGAACCCAGCCCUGGCCCUCCACCCUGCCCUCGUGGCUCUGGACCUGGGGGACUGCAUGCUGGGUGAUGAAGCCAUCAACCUCAUCUGUGGCCUCCUGCCCCCAGAUGGGGCCAAAUCUGGCUUGAAGGAGCUAACGCUGAGUGCCAACCCUGGCAUCACCCCUAAGGGCUGGAGCCGCCUCGCCAUUGCCGUGGCCCACAGCUCCCAGGUCCGCGUCCUCAAUCUGGAUUACAACCCCCUGGGUGACCAUGUGGCAGGAAUGCUGGCUGUAGCUGUGGCCUCUAGUCGUACCCUAGAGGUGCUAGACUUGGAGGGCACAGGGCUCACCAACCAGUCAGCUCAGACCCUGCUGGACAUGGUAGAAAAUUACCCCACAGCUUUGCGGAGCCUGGUGUUGGCUGAGAACAGCAUUAGCCCAGAGCUGCAGCAACAGAUCUGUGACCUCCUCUCUGAGGGAGAGGAGGAGGAGGAAGUGGCAGGAGGGGCUGGCGACACCCAGGAAUGGGAGAGAGGGCGGGAGCCUGCUGCCCACCAGAGAGGCAGCAGCUCCUGGAUGUGCCCCAGCGAUCCCAGCUCUCAGAUGGUGCUAAUGACGUCAGGACUAGGGGACAGUCUGUUGGCUGAGACCGAGAUGUGACUCUCCACUGGGCCUCUGCACACCAUUUCACUUAUCUAUGUCCCGAGCACCUUGCCCCAGAUAUCAGGGUCGGGCCCUGGGACUUGGGAGGGAACUGGGGUCAGGGGCUGCAUGGGGGCUCUGGCAGCUCCUGGCAGUGUGGUGGGAAGGAAGCUCUGGAAGCUGUGACUGAGCAACAGCCUUGGGGGGCACUUGAACCCACGGCAAUGCCUUUGAACUUGGCAGCUCUGGCUGCAACCCGCUGGCUCGGAAAAGAUUUUAUGAACUCCACAA